GAGGGCGAGGCGGAGGACGCGACGACGGCGUACGUUGAGGAGGACAAGGAUGAUGAGGCACGUGAGGGCGAGGCCAUCGCUGCCAUGGAGCGCCUGGCCGAGGGCGCCGAGGACGCCGAGCGUCUGCCGUUCCAGCACGGCGAGAACGGCAGCCCGAUGGACGCGCAGGCGCAGGAGGCACAGAUGGACGUCGGCGACCUUUCCAUGGGCGCCACGCCCGGCAAGAAGGGCAAGAAGAACAACGGACCCGAGGCGGAGCGCGUGCGCAAGGACAACCACAAAGAGGUGGAGCGCCGCCGCCGCGAGCAGAUCUCGCUUGGCAUCGCCGAGCUGUCGCAGAUCGUGCCCGGCUGCGACCCCAAGUCGACGAACAAGUCGGCCAUCGUCGGCUCGGCGGUGCGCUACAUCCAGGAGCUGCGCAACAACGAGCAGAGCAACAUUGAGAAGUGGACGCUCGAGAAGCUGCUGAUGGACCAGGCGAUGAACGACCUGCAGGCGCAGCUCGAGGCGACGCGCCGCGAGAACGAGCG